CGCUCGCCAUGGUCACACUGCUGCAAAGUCGAGCAAGACGGAUUCGUGUGUUGGUGAAACCCCGUGAGUUUUGCGUACUUGCAUUUAAAGAAAACCCCUCAACGCCCGUGGAAUAGUCAAUAAAUUGAUUGGAGAGCCCAAUCAGUCCCUGUUUCGACCCAGUGUACGCGUGUGCAGCGAGUUAAGAUCUCCACCGAUCGAUCAGUUCGUAUUGAAAAAAGGUAAAUCGACGUCGACGACUGCGGAAUACCUAAGAGCCAAAGCAGCGAAAGAAUAAAGAAACAAGGAAACAUUUGCACGCCAGCGGAGCAACUGCACCAGAGCACCACCAGCGGACAAGAAAAACCACUUCAACAAAAGAGGAUAACAUACUGGAAGUGCUCCACUCGCAUCGUACAAACACACACACAUAAACACACACACUCCUGCCCAGCAACAUACACACACAUACACACAUCCAAGAGUGUACGUGCCCGAUGGUGGGAAAGUAAACCGACAUCUUUUUACGACCGCCGAGAGUUUUGCAAUCAGAAGAAGUCGGAGAGCCGAGCCGAGUCGAUCGGUCAGCCCUUUGAUAAGCCAGAGAGAAGGGAGCAGCUCAGCUCAGCUCACCGCAGCUCAACUCAGCUCGGCACAGAGAAGUGGAGAAUAAGAGAGGAACAGGUUGCCAAGUCGAACGCGCAACGAAUUUGGAAAUCGAGACAGCCGAAAAUACCCGCAGAUCCGGACUUGCAUUUAGGCCAGACCAGCUUGAAGGGUUUCCAGCCCAAGCCCAUGAGCAGCUGAGCCAGCGGCAGCAGCUAAAACGGAAACCAGACUUCAACCUUGAACACCCGAUCCAAGCCGAAUCCAAAUGAAAACGUUAGUGCUCAGUCCGGAGGACCUGCAGAACUUUAACAAGUUCAUCUAUGACCCAAAGUCGGCCGCCCAGCUGGCCGCCAGUGCUGGUGCAAUUGGAGCAGCGGCGGCGGCAGCAGCAGCGGUCCAUGGUCCGCCAGCUGGCACCACAGUACAGCUGCUCCAGGGCGGCGGUGUCGGCGGAUCGAUCAAUCCGGGCGUAGUGCCCGUUUCCGUGCCCGUACCCACCAGCACAGCCAACAGUGCCAACAAUCUGAUGGCGCUGCACUACUACCUGAAGCAUCCCGGUAUCCAGCAGAUGCCCAUCCCACAGCAGCAACAUUCGCAGCAGCAUCAGCAGCAACAGCAACACCACCAGCAGCAUCAGCAACAGUUAUUGGCCCAGUCACAGACGCAGCUUAAACAGCUGCAGCUCAAGCAGCCGACGAUCCACCAGCAUCAGCAGCACAUCAGCUAUCACCACCAUCCAUACUACCAGCAGCAGCCACAGCAGGCACCGCCACCGCAACCACAGCCUCUAAAAAGCCAGCCGCAGUCGCACCUGCCCGUUCACGCCCUCAAUCAGAACUCUAACUUCUCGGCGGCCAGUUCCAGUACGGGCGGCACUGCCUCCAGCCAUGCGCCCACCCAGCAAUCGAAUGGAUCCAGCGUAUCACCCACCAUUGUGUCAAGGGUGGCGGCCGUUGGGACACCCAGCAGCAGCAAUAUUGCAGCCGCGGCCAAUGCUCUUCUACGGGCAUCGGCCGCCACCACAGCUCCGAGCUCCUCCGCCUCGUCGUCCUCUUCGUCCUCAUCCGCGUCGUCGAGCUCUUCGUCCAGCAGCUCCUCCUCCAGCGCCAGCAGUUCAGCGAACUGCGCCAAAAAGCUGAAGACGGAACCAAUACUGUCGCAGUACAAUCAAACGGAGCGCCUUAAUUUUGCCAACACGUAUAUCGUGUGGAGCGAAGAGCAUUGGCGACGGGUGGUGUUCCACGACGAGCGUAGGUUCAAUCUGGACGGACCUGAUGGCUUCUCAUACUAUUUCCAUGAUUUGCGCAACUACGAGAGAACGCUGUCGCAGCGGCCGCGAGGCAACUCUGUGUACAUUUACCUGAUGGUCUGCGUGGGAGGAGCCGUGCUUCUGGAGGUGUCAUCCGCCAAACAGCGACCAGAAUCUUGCAUUGAGGCCAUCAUGCGGGAGCGGCCCAAUAUUGUUACCAAAUUGGGCGGAAACUCGGAGUUUGUGCUGCAGGAUCACAAUUGGAUGUCGCACGCCCUGCCCACCGCCCAGGAUCUUCUGAAUGCCGAAGGCCUCAAGACCCAAAAGUGGCCCACCAUUGCCCAUGAUUUGAACAUCAUGGAGAACGUGUGGGGCUGGCUUAUACGCGAGGUGUUCGACGGUGGACGAAAGUUCUCGCGCAAGGACGACUUGAUAUUCCGCAUCAAGGAGGCGUGGUCCCGCCUGCCACUCGACCUGAUCACCAACCUGUACAGCACGCUUCCGGAACGAAUCACGGAGCUCUACUACACACAGGGCGUCUACACGAAUUGUUGACACCGGCAUCCAGAGCAACCAGGGUGUGGACAGGGCUCAGGGCACUUGACCGCUUUGGCGGUCGUGCAGGCGGACAAUGAACGUGUUCCAAAACCUGAUCCGAGGAGUAGGCGCUCCUCGGCGUCUGUCAGAGGCCGGAGAGCGAAGGAAGAAAAUCUUUAUAUACAAUUUAACUUAACUUUUUGUGUAUAGCUUUAAGAUGUGUGCAAAGGAGCUGACGGGACUGCUUGGAGACCGACGGACUGAAAGCGAGAAAGACAGACGAUUGGCCGGACAGACGGACGCACCGACUUUGGUUAUAAGUUAUACAGUUUUUAGUUAUCUAAACAAUUAUGAAAAGCAGCAAGCAGCAGAUUGUGGGCAGAACACUCGUUAAGUGUUGCCAUAUCGCUUUGUAAUUAGUGUUUUUAUCCCGCCCCUAUUCCCAAAUUCCUCCUAAAAACCACCCUUCUCCCCAGAAACCCUCGUUAUUCGUAAGCCUUAAUUUAAGUGGUCGUUUUCCUUUUUACCCCCACUCCUCCCAAUCUAUUAAGAAUAUAACAAAUAUAUUAGUUACAAACAAGUUUAUUUGAACUUAA